AUGAUAUUAAGUUUAGAAAAACGUGAACCAUUUUCACGAUGGCCACAAGAGACUCUUCGUAAUUAUUGUACUUAUGCUCUUGAUAAAAAUUUUCAACUUGUUUGUGCACCUGAUGGAGAAGCAUCAAUAUAUGAAACAAGUAUACGGACUGAUACAGACAUUUAUCCGUUUAUUAAAAAAUCAAAAUUUAUUCAAGAUAUUCCAAUACAUAUCGUAAGAGCAUCACUUCCAUACAGUAUAGGUCAAUUUGAUUCAUCACCAAUAGCACCUGAUCUUGUAAAAUGGUUUCAAAAAGGACGAGACACACAAAUAGAAAAUUCUACACAUUUUUUUCCAAUGGAACAACCACAAAUAGUAAUUGAUCUAGUGAAAAAAUUUAUGGAAGAAAAUAAAAAACUAUUCUCACAUCUAUAA